AUCUUGGAAAUGGAGGCUUUCGGAAUGCUAAACCAAGGAGAUCACUUUACAAAGGUGAUUGAUUCUCCUCAUAAUACCACAAAGGCUCUUGUACUCGCCGCGAACAAAGCUACGAACAUGCAUAAAUAGCCCCAACUUCCCACUCUAUCCAGCUAUCGUUCUCAUCAUCAUCACUCAAUCUCCUCCUCUAUCUCCAUCAACAAUCACACUGAAUCAACAAAUCACCCCUACGAAACCAAUCCUCAGCCACAAUCACCCACAAAUCAAUCAAAAUGUCGCAGAACCGACAAGCCGCAACCGCCGAACAAACCAUCCACCGAGCCAAGAUCUGGCUGUCCGACGCCAAACGGAGCAAGGUUCCCAGCAACAAAGUUGCCAAGGGAAACCAGCUUAUCAAGGGGGUUGAGGAGGCCCUUGAGAAGCUCACUACCCAGCUGAAUGCUGCCGAAAGAAAGGCCCUGGUCGAAUAUCUCGAGGAGCAGGUUGAUAUCGACUUUCCUUUGGAGCUGUGAGCCGGUGGCGUGUGCCAAUGCCUCGCAUGGCAUGUGAGAAGUACGCUGACUUCCAUCAGCCUACAUAUGGCAUAAUGACGUCUUUGGCUAGUGAGCCCUGGGGUUGCAGGGGAGGGGUAGUGAUG